UACGAAAAAAUUUUAAUUUUAACAUUUUUAGUUUAUUCAAACGUAUUUAUCAGUUACAAGAGGGACGACACUAAAUAUCAUUCUUGGAAACUUAAGAUUGCAAUAAUAUAGUUACUUAUACAUACUAUUUGUUUACAUACCCUAUACACGUUUUCAUUGUUUAUUUUUUUAUUAUUUUUUUACUACGUUUUUUUAUUUUUUUUACUAUACUUUGUUUGUUUACUAUCAUAGUUAUCAAAUAAAUAAAUAAAUAAUAAUAAUAAUAAAAAAAAAAUAUUGUAAAAAUGCCAAAUGAAGGAACGACACCAUCAUCAAGAAGGGAAAAUAAUAAUGUUCCACCAAAUACUGUUGAUAUUGAGGAACCGGAAGAAAAAAAAAGUUUAAUAACACGAUUAAUUAUUUAUCUUAAAAUAUUGCGUAAAUAUUUUGUAAUUGAACCGCUUUUAGUGUUAUGGCUAUUACCAUCAUGUUUCUUUUUAAUAGCUAUCCCAAAUUUGGCUCUAGAGAAAGCAUGCCGAGUCAAUUUAGGAUACAACAAGUUAAUAUGUGAUAAUGUAUUAGAAAAAUCUGAAGAUAUUGAUUGUGAUGUUUUUGAAGAAAGUUCCUAUGACAAAAUAAUUGAAAAUGUGUUUAAUAUAACAAAUAAUUCAACUGAUUUUAAUUAUGUUGUAUGUAAAGCGGAACUUGAAACACAAAAAGCAGUAACAUUUAUUAAUGGUGUACGUGGUCCAGUUUCUUCGGUUUUUCAAGUUAUUGUUAUAUUGUAUGCCGGAAAUUUAAGUGAUAGACUUGGUAAAAGAAAACCAUUAAUGCUUUUACCAUUAAUUGGAGAAUUUUUAUCAGCAUUGGCUUUGUUGAUUUCAUCAAUUUAUUUUGAUGAAAUACCAAUGGAAUUUGGUGCAUUUUUGGAAAAAUUAUUACCAGGUUUAUUGGGAGGCCCAACUCUUAUGAUAAUGGGAGUUUACAGUUAUUUGAUAGCAACAACAAAAGAAGAAGAUAGAGUUUUUCGUUUAGGCAUUUUUGGAAUGUGUUUAACAAUAAUCACAAUUGUUGGAUCACCUUUUAGUGGUACACUUUAUACUCAAUUAGGAUAUGUCAAUGUUUUUAUACUUGGGGCUGUACUUUUGGCAUGUGGUAUACUUUACUUAUUUUUAUUUGUUAAAGAAGUUGAACAAACUGAAGCAAAAGAUGUUAAAAAAGAAAAAUUUUCGUGUAAAGAAGGUCUAUUGGUAGCAUAUGAUAGUUCAAAAGUUUUAAUUAAAAAGCGAGAAAAUGAUGGCCGAAAAUAUUUAAUAUUAUUAACAAUAUGCUAUUUUCUAUUAAUUGGACCGGCAAAUGGUGAAGCUGAUCUUUUAUACCCGUAUACACUUAUUCGUUUGAAUUUUAAUGGAGAUGAUUUCAGUUACUUUUAUACAUUUUCACAAGCCAUCGCUGCAUGUGGAACUUUUAUUAUGACAACAAUUUUGAGUAAAAUGCUUAAAGUAACAGAUGCAAUGAUUGGACUUUUAGCAUCAAUAUGUUCUGUAAUUGCACGUGUUUGUUUCGCAUUUGCUAAGGAAUAUAUAUUGUAUUAUGCUGGUGGUGUUUUUGAUAUGUUUGUUGUUGCUAGAACAAUUUCUUUGAAAACUAUUAUAUCAUUAUUUGUUUUACCAGAAGAAUUAGGACGUAUUUAUUCAGUUUUGGGUAUAGCAGAUGCUUUGGGUACAUUUAUUUUUACACCAAUGUACAGUAGUUUGUAUAAUGCUACUGUAGCUAAUUUUCCUGGUGCAUUUUAUUUGUUCAGUGAAAUAUUUUUAGUUCCAAGCUCUUUUAUAUUUUUCAUUGUUUACUUGUUGUUGAGGAAGAGAAAACCUCCACCAUCAGAUCCAGAAGGAAAAGGUGAAAAUGGAAUCGAUAAUAUUGCAAUGGAUGAUAAAAAUCCUGAUACAAUGGAUACGCAUUUAUAAACUGUAAGAGAAAAAAGAAUAUUAAAAAUUUUUUUAUUAAUUUUCAUUCGGAACCCUUUUUUUUUAAUAUUAGUUUUAUUUUUUUUUUUAAUUUAAGAUAUUUUGUUUUUGCCUAGAAAAUUUUGUAAAUAUGUAUUUUUAUUUUAAUUUGUUGAAUUUAAUUAUAUGAAAAAAAUUUUCUU